AUGUCAGAAAACCCCAUUUUUGACACGUUCAAUCAUGCUCUGAAAUCUAAGACAAUAACAGAGGCUAUCGGGCAUCUUCGAGAAGCAGAAGCCUUAUUAGAUUCUUCGCUAGGCUCAAUAGACUUAAAAGUAAUUGCGUGCCUGAAAAAGAUAGUGCUUCACUUUGAUUUCCAGAUUGUCAGAUUCGCCGCUAAACUUUACAAUAAAAUUUGUAGCUUGGCGCCCAGAAAUGACCCUCACUUGUUAUUAGAUCUCUCAAAUGAUAUUUUUUUGCUUUGUGAGAACUUAAAAGGCACAGAAAUCGCUGAAGAACUAGAGGCUGGGGUUAAAGAAAUUUUAGUUCAUUUAAUUCAACAUGGAGGAUUAGAAAAAGAGCAACUUGAAAUAGUCCAGCAGCUGCUUGAUAAAAAAACAGCAGUUAAUUAUGAAGAAGCGUUAAAGCCUGUAAUUCAAGAUAUACAGGAUAAAAAUAUUUUCGCAAUUAAUAGGCUAAUGGAUAUGUUUAUGCUUUAUUGGGCUGAAUGCAAUAGAAACAAUUCUUUAUUAAGAAGCUAUUAAUAAUGGCAUAUAUUUAAUUGUACAUAGAAUAGCUCUAUUCCUACACUUAAAGAACAAUUUUUAUGCUAUGGCACUCAACUUGAGCCUGUUCUCGAUGCUUUAGCUUUAAAUGCUAAUGAAGAAAUGCUCAAAAAAUUUUCACGGCUUCUCGAAAACUUUAUUUUCAGAGUCCAUUACAAUGUAAAACUUGGAGGUUUUGAAGACGGAUCAUCAUAUAAUCACAUCUAUAAAUGUUCUGAUACUCGUCUUCUAUAUAUUCACGACGACAUAUUUUACACUUCCCUUAAAUUUGUACAGAUGCUUCAAUCUUUUGAUAAAGGCCAAAAUCUCACUUUAGGGGUCCUUAUAAGAAGAUUAUGGGAAAAUUACCCAAAGCAUAGACCGUCUAUGUAUGAUCUUCUUAUAGAGCACUUUAAAAAAUCUUCAUCAUCAGUGGAUGAAACGAUCAAAGGGAAUUCUGCAAAGUUUUUAUAUGUGAUUCUGCAUUCUACUGAUGUGGAUGGUGAAUUUAAAGGAAGAUUAGAAACAGAAGUAGAAAUUGAAAAUUUAUUUAAGCAUGAUAAAUAUGAUGAAAAAUCAAUAGAAGGAGUUUUUGAAGCAGAAGAAUCAGUGGAUAUAGACCACAUUCAAGCACAUAUUGGGUUUCCGCUGAGUGUACAGAUUCCAAGUGGGGAAAAAGUUCAAAGGGUGAUUGAGGUGCAGGAGCCAAACUCUAUUUUGGUGUGGGGUUUUGCAACUGAGUAUUAUGAUAUUUCUUAUUCAUUAUCAAGGGUAGAUCUCCCUCAGCCUCAGAUUAUUAUAGAAGAGGAAAAAGUUAGCUGCGAUCAAGCUCCUUGCUUAGGGGUCAGGCUGCUUCAUUCUCCUGGACUAUACAGAUUUAUAUGGAAUAAUGAAUAUUCUUGGUUUAGAAGCAAGCAUUUAAGAUUCAAAGUAUCUUUAAUAAAGCCAACCACAAUCACAAAAAAUAAUGUACAAGACCACAAAGAAAUCCAACAACUUAUCACAAUCACACAUCCAGACAAAAUGGGAGACCUCUGCUACUCAACCCCUUCAAUAGAAGUCUUAGAAAUCGGAGUCCACAUCUCCCAAAACCAAAUAUUAAUGCUUUCCCACAACAUAAGAGAAGAAUCUCUUUUCAGCGAAGACACAGACCUUCACAGUCUUAUUUCACAAUUUAUUGAAAAAGUUACCAAAAACUCCCCUGAACUCUACCCGAUCAAAAAAAUCGGAAUUGUUGAAAAAUCAGCCAAAAAAAGAGAAGGACUAGAUACCUUAGGUGCUGUUGCAGUUGCGAGAGAUGUAGACGCAGUUGCCUUAUUCAGCGAACAAAGUUUGCAUUCACACACACUGAUUUCAGUGGUUAAUGAUGACGGUCUUAGAAGUUGUGUUGUUCAUAAAGGAAGAAUUUUAUUGUCAGAAGAUGGAGAAUGCUUAGGUGAUGUAUCAAGAUUGAAUAUUCAAGAUCCAAUAGCUGCUAUUUCUACGCUGCUGUCUGUAUUUGGACCUGCAGUUGUGGUUAUUUCAGGAAAAAACUUUAUUGAACAUUUAGCUGCUCUUAUUGAAAAAGUUAGACCUCUGGUACCUGCACAUAUAUGGCAGAAAUCAGUGAUUCGGGAAAGUGUGUACGCAAGCUCUGUAGCUGUUGAAGCAGCGUCGAAGCUGCAUUAUUUGCAUUAUCGCUAUAAGUUUGCGCUUUAA